AUGUGCAUCCUUACUUUUCCAACAUAUGGAGUCAAAUCACAGAACCAGCCACCAUGGUGUAGUAAGUGGGGAGCAGGAACCUUUGCUGUGACCUUCUAUUAUGAGGAACAAAUAGAGGAGACAGAUGACCAACACAUUUGCACAGAGAAAUCUGUGGCACACAGCAGGGGAGAUGUGGUGAUUGCAGGGUUUUUCCCCUUUUAUUCUUGGGAAUUGGUUCAGAAUAUUAAUGACCCUGUCGUGCAGCAACAGAGCAUUCAGACCAACUUAAAGAAAUACCAAUUGCUUCUCACCCUGGUGCUUGCAGUGGAGGAGAUCAACAAGAAUCCCCAUCUGCUACCCAACAUGACUCUGGGGUUUGAGAUCUAUAGUGCUCAUUACAGAGAUACUGAUCUAUUAGAGGAUGUACUCAUCUGGCUGUCUGGAAAGAAUAAAAACAGCCCUAAUUACACCUGCAAAAGAGACAGCAAAGCUUUAGCAGUACUCACAGGAACCUCAAGCACAUCUGUCCCAAUUGGGACACUGCUGGACCUCUACAAACUUCCACAGUUCACCUUUGGAUCUUUUGAUCCUCUCCUGAGUGACCAUGGAAAGUUUGGUACUAUCUAUCAGAUGGCUGCCAAGGACUCAGCUCUGGCCCUGGCUAUGGUCUCUUUGAUGCUUCAUUUCAGUUGGACCUGGGUGGGACUGUUCAUCACUGAAGGUGACUAUGGUGUGUGGUUCCUCUCAGAAUUGAGAGAAGAGAUGGACAAGAAUGGAGUCUGUUUGGCCUUUGAGAACAUGAUCACUUAUCAUACCUUUUCAGAUUUAUCAAAUGAUCUAUCCAUACCUCGCCAGCUAAUGGAAUCAUCAACCAAUGUGAUUAUCAUUUAUGGGGACAGGAUACUGUUGGUAACUCCUGCAGCAGCAAAUAAAUGCAUUGACCACUUCUGGAUGUUUCUUCAUGUGGAGUUGGUAUGGAAACCUGAAUGGGUCAUUUCUCCAAAGUUCUGUGGCUCCCUUGGCCCUGAGUUUGUGAAUCUGUCCAUCCUCAUCUUUGAUUGUGCUCCAAUAACUCUGAUUGAACCUUCGCUGGCGAUGGCCCUCUAUGACCUUUUGACCUUCACCUGGCAUCCUCUGGUGUCAUCCAUUCCCAUCAUCCCUAGUGGCUUUCCUAUUGGACUUUAUGUUGUCCGGACCCCAGAUACAGCCAGAGGGCAGAAGGGGCCCUGUAUUCCUCUAGGAUCGUGGAGGAGGAUGGCGGUGCAUCUCAGUGGCCAUCCAGGUAACAAGAAGCCACAGAAACUGAAGAUCCAUUUAGAUACCUGCCAAUGCUGCAGGCUCAGUCUGCAGCCAGAAUUGCAGCUCUAUGCCAAAGCAGCAGCAAUGUUCCCCGUGGCUCUGAUACUGCUUCUCUUCCAGCUUCCACUCGGGGCCAGUUCCUCUGAAGAUGCCAGAGGCAUUUGCAGAGAGAAAUAUGUGGUCCAUAGCAGGGGAGAUGUGGUGAUUGCCGGGUUUUUCCCCCUUUAUUCUUGGGAAUUUGUUCCCAACGUGAACGACCUUGCCAUGCACCAACAGGGUUUUCAGACCAACUUAAAGAAAUACCAAUUGCUUCUCACCCUGGUGCUUGCUGUGGAGGAGAUCAACAAGAAUCAUCAUCUGCUUCCCAACAUGACUCUGGGGUUUGAGAUCUAUAGUGAACAUUGCAAAGAUACUGAUAUGUUAGAGGAUCCUCUCAUCUGGCUGUCUGGGAAGAAUAAAAACAACCCUAAUUAUACCUGCAGAAGAGACAGCAAAGCUUUAGCAGCACUCACAGGAACCUCAAGCACAUCUGUCGCAAUUGGGACACUGCUAGACCUCUACAAACUUCCACAGUUCACCUUUGGGUCUUUUGAUCCUCUCCUGAGUGACCAUGGAAAGUUCAGUAGUGUCUAUCAGAUGGCUGCAAAGGACUCAGGUCUAGCUCUGGCCAUGGUCUCCUUGAUGCUUUAUUUUAGAUGGACCUGGGUGGGACUGUUUAUCUCAGAAGACGACUACAGUGUGUGGUUCCUCUCAGAACUGAGAGACGAGAUGGGCAAGAAAGGAAUCUGUUUGGCCUUUGAGAACAUGAUCACUUACAUAGCCAUUUCAGAUAUCUCAAAUGAUCUAUCAAUGCAUCUCCAGCUAAUGGAAUCAUCAACCAAUGUGAUUAUCAUUUAUGGGGACAGUAAAUUUCUAUUAAGCUUUAUUAUUAAAUUUGGGCACUUUUUAAUUACAGGGAAAGUCUGGGUCAUGAACUCACCCUAUGAGGACGUGACCAUUGGUAAAAGAUAUUUUCUGAUCAACUCCUUCCAUGCACCUCUCAUCUUCUCUCACCAUCUUAGAAACACUUCUGGGUUCACCAAUUUUAUUCUGACAGAUACAUUGUCCAAGAACUCAGGAGUGGAUUCCCUUUCCAGGGCAUGGAUUCAGUCUGUUUAUUGCCUUCUGAUUAAGUCUGACUGCAGAGACUUGGGACACUGUUCAUACAAUGCCACACUGGAUUGGUUGCUUAGGCACAUUUUUGACAUGACCAUGUCAGACGAGAGUUACAACAUCUACAAUGCUGUGUAUGCUUUGGCACAUGCCCUCCACCAGAGGUUUCUUCAUCACACAGAAGAACCACAACGGGACAAUAUGCAACCAAGAGCAUUUCUCUCUUCACAGCUGCAUCCCUUUUUGAGGAAGAUCCAAUUUACCAAUCCUGUUGGAGACCAAGUGGUUUUGAAUGAGGAAAGGAAAUUGGAGGCAGAGUAUGACAUUUUAAGUGUUUGGAAUUUUCCUGAAGGUCUGGGACAAAGGGUGAAAGUUGGCGAGUUUUCUCCAUCUAGGCCACAUGGUCAACAACUGACUUUGUUUGAAAAUCUGAUAGAGUGGCCCAUAGGAAUUACCAAGACUCCUCAGUCUGUCUGCACUGAGAGCUGUGGUCCUGGAUUCAGGAAGACCUCUCUGGAGGGAAAUGCUACCUGUUGCUUUGACUGCAUUCCUUGCCCAGAGAAUGAGAUUUCUAAUGUGACAGACAUGGAGCAGUGUAUGAGGUGUCCAGAUCUUCAGUUUGCCAACACUGAGAGAAAACGCUGCCUGAUGAAAACUGAGAGCUUCCUAGCUUAUGAAGACCCCUUGGGCAUGACUCUGAUCUGCACAGCUCUCUGCUGCUCUGCACUUACAGCUUUUGUUCUUGGGGUAUUUAUCAAGCACCAAGACACCCCUGUUGUCAAGGCCAAUAACCGGGCCCUCAGCUACAUCCUGCUCAUCUCCAUCACCUGCUGCUUCCUCUGCUCCUUGCUCUUUCUUGGCCAUCCGCAUACAGCCACCUGCAUCCUCCAGCACACCACAUUUGCAGUGGUCUUCACUGUGGCUGUCUCCACAGUCCUGGCCAAGACCGUCACUGUGGUUCUGGCCUUCACACUUACUGCUCCAGGGAGAAGCAUGAGGCAGUUACUGGUGUCCCGGGCUCCUAACCUCAUCAUCCCCAUCUGCACCCUCAUCCAGGUGACCCUCUGUGGACUCUGGCUGCAUAUCUCUCCUCCCUUUGUGGACAGAGAUGCACACUCUGAACAUGGCCAUGUCAUCAUCCUGUGCAACAAGGGCUCCCUCACUGUUUUCUACUGUGUUCUGGGAUACCUGGGCACCUUGGCCUUGGCCAGCUUCACGGUGGCUUUUCUGGCCAGGAACCUGCCUGACACCUUCAAUGAGGCCAAGUUCCUGACCUUCAGCAUGCUGGUGUUCUGCAGUGUGUGGCUCACCUUCCUGCCUGUCUACCACAGCACCAAGGGGAAGGUCAUGGUGGCCGUGGAGGUCUUCUCCAUCUUGUCCUCUAGUGGAGGUCUCCUGGGCUGCAUCUUUGCCCCCAAGUGCUACAUCAUCUUGAUAAGACCUGAGAGAAAUUCUCUGAAUAGGUUUAGGGAAAGAUCACCUGGAAGAAAUCAAUCUUAA